AUGCCGAAGGUUUACGUUCCCAAAAAGCGUCCCUACGACAAAAAGAACAUGGAAACAGCCCUAAAACUAAUACAUAAUGGCACUUUAUCUCUUAGAAAUGCAGCUAAACAGUUUAAAAUUAACAAAUCUGCUCUUUCGAGAAGACGUACUCGUUCACUUGGUAAACAGGGAAGACAAACUUCUCUAACCAAAGAAAUGGAAGUAGACUUGAGUGAUAAGAUAAAAAUUAUGGCAAAAUGGGGGUUUGCUCUUACUAAACCAGAGAUACAAGCAAUAGUUCAAACCUAUGUACAAGAAAACCACCUUACUACCCAGUUUAAGGAAGGAAAGCCCGGGAAAGAUUGA